AAUGGAGAAUGCCUUGGAGACAUGCGAAAACUCAUUUACGGUCUGCUGCCCGCAUCACCUGUCGAUCUCUCACGCAGCAAGUAUCUGGCAUUGGAUUGUGAGAUGGUGGGCAUCGGCCCAGGUGGAAAAGAGUCUUCUUUAGCCCGUGUUUCAAUAGUCGAUUAUAACGGUGCCGUUGUACUCGACGAGUUCGUCAGGCAGCGGGAGCGCGUGACAGAUUGGCGGACGGCGUUCAGCGGGGUGAGAGAGAGGGACAUGAUUAACGCCAAACCUUUCGAUGAAAUCCAGGCACGCGUUGCUGACUUGCUCAAGGGUCGUAUCCUUGUCGGACAUGCCGUACAUAACGAUUUGAAGGUCCUGUUCCUUUCUCACCCUCGAGCCGAGCAACGCGAUACGCAACAUCUCGCGCACAAAAACGGGCAGUCACGUGGCACGCAUCCGGCCUUGCGCAACCUCGUGCGGGACAUGUUUUCCGUGCAGAUUCAAGGCGGGGAGCAUAGCUCGGUCACCGAUGCACGCGCGACAAUGGCCGUGUUCAGGCUGCACAGAAAACAGUGGGAACGGGCGUAUUCGACAAUGCCUAUACGCGUGAAUAAUAGCAGAUCCGACGGGGUGAAGGGUAAAAGUCGCGCACACGCCAGCAUGAAUAGACCAGAAGGAGGGACAGACGGCGAGGGUGCCAAUAACACUACACAAAACAGGCAGGUCAAGUCCGCAGCAAAAAGGAAGGUGGUGCACUCGGUAGGCAACGGUGGACGCAAGGGUGUCUCGUCGGGCCUAUCGACGAUCAUCACGAAACGAUCAAAGGGAGGCGGCGGAGGUGGAGGUGGAGAUAAGUCGCAGUGGUGGAAAGAGCUUGGUGGGGGAGCCAAGGGAGCCCUCAGUUUGUCGAGAUAA